GAGCGCAGCGGGCCGAUGGCGGAGGCGGCGCAGGGCCGGGUCCAGGCCGCGGUGGAGAGCGCGGUGCAGGGGCUGGAACGGGAGCAGAUCCGCGCCAUGCAGGGUGCCAUGUUCCGCUGCAGCGCGCGGUGCUGCGAGGACGCAGCGGCCUCGAUGCAGGAGGUGCAGCGCUGCAUCGAGCGCUGCCACGCGCCCCUGGCCCGCGCCCAGGCCAUCGUCACCGCCGAGCUCGAGCACUUCCAGGGGACAGGUGUGAUCCCAGGUGUGCAGGUGUGGGGUGAGCCCCGCGCUGGCCUGGGGUGA